CUUUUAAAGCGAUUUCUGCUCUUUGUUUUCUAUGUAUUUAUUUCAGCCAGGACUACUCUGAGUGCUGAUGGGGAUAACACAUGCCUGGGGGAUUAAAGAUGACAGCUGGAUUGUGCUCAGUGGUGCCCAGUGACAGGACAAAAGGUGAUGGGCAUAGACUGAAGCAUGGGAAAUCCCAUAAGUUUUCCUUGACUCUUUUCCACCUGGUUUGAAUGUGUCAGCAUGAUGGUGAUUUUGCUAAACUGCGUUACCCUGGGGAUGUACCAGCCAUGUGAGGAUAUGGACUGCCUGUCUGACAGGUGUAAAAUCUUGCAGGUAUUUGAUGAUUUCAUCUUUAUCUUCUUUGCAAUGGAAAUGGUUUUAAAGAUGGUGGCCCUGGGGAUCUUUGGCAAGAAGUGUUACCUCGGGGAUACCUGGAACCGCCUGGACUUCUUCAUUGUUAUGGCUGGGAUGGUGGAGUACUCCCUGGAUCUCCAAAACAUUAACUUGUCUGCAAUCCGUACUGUCCGCGUCCUGAGACCCCUGAAAGCUAUCAACCGUGUGCCUAGCAUGCGCAUCCUUGUGAAUUUGCUCCUGGACACCUUGCCCAUGCUGGGGAACGUCCUCCUCCUCUGCUUCUUUGUCUUCUUCAUCUUCGGCAUCAUCGGGGUGCAGCUGUGGGCUGGGCUGCUCCGCAACCGCUGCUUCAUGGAGGAGAACUUCACAAUACAAGGUGACAUUGUCCUCCCACCUUAUUACCAGCCUGAGGAAGAUGAUGAAAUGCCCUUUAUCUGCUCGCUGUCAGGAGACAAUGGAAUCAUGGGCUGUCACGAGAUCCCGCCCCUGAAGGAGCGGGGCCAUGAGUGUUGUUUGGACAAGGACGAUUAUUAUUAUUACAACUCAGUCCGGCAAGAGUUCAACAUCAGUGGCAUGUGUGUCAACUGGAACCAGUACUACAACGUGUGCCGUACAGGAAACGCCAACCCGCACAAGGGUGCUAUCAACUUUGACAAUAUUGGGUAUGCCUGGAUUGUGAUAUUUCAGGUGAUCACACUGGAAGGGUGGGUGGAGAUCAUGUACUACGUGAUGGAUGCCCAUUCAUUCUAUAAUUUUAUCUACUUUAUCUUGCUGAUAAUUGUGGGCUCCUUCUUCAUGAUUAACCUGUGCCUGGUGGUCAUCGCCACGCAGUUCUCAGAGACCAAGCAGCGGGAGCACCAGCUGAUGCAGGAGCAGCGGGCCCGGUACCUCUCCUCCAGUACUGUCGCCAGCUACAUGGAGCCGGGAGACUGCUACGAGGAGAUCUUCCAAUAUGUCUGCCACAUCGUGCGCAAAGCCAAACGCCGCACCCUUGGGUUGUACAACAGCAUACAGAGCCGGCGCCAGGGCCACGUGGAGCCAAGCGAUGCCAAGCUAGGGAUGAACAGGAAAAGCCAGAGGCACUACAGGCUUUGCCAACAGCACAACUCUCUUGACUGCCCUCCUCAGGGCUUGGUCCAGCCCAUUGCUGUGACAACAACCUCUGAUCCCACCAACUGUCCCCGAUGCCACAGGGGGGAACAUGACGCAUCCCGAAGACUCUCUGUCCUGGGCAGCGCUGAUUCAGACCAGGAGGACGGAGGAGCCAGUGAAGAGGAGGGAGAGGGCAGCAGAGGGGACCAGGGUGCCUCAGCACCGGAGAAGGAGGAGGAGGAGGUGGAAGAAGGUGGACGGCUGAAGCUCUGCAGUGACAUGUGGCGGGAAGUGAGGGUCAAGCUUCGAGGUAUUGUGGACAGCAAGUACUUCAACCGUGGGAUCAUGAUCGCAAUCCUCGUGAACACCAUCAGCAUGGGCAUUGAGCACCACGAGCAGCCAGAGGAACUGACCAACAUCUUGGAGAUAAGCAACGUUGUCUUUACAAGCAUGUUUGCCCUAGAGAUGAUCCUGAAACUCGCUGCUUUUGGUCUCUUUGAUUACCUCCGCAACCCCUACAACAUCUUUGACAGCAUCAUCGUCAUCAUCAGCAUCUGGGAGAUCAUCGGCCAGUCGGAUGGAGGCCUCUCUGUGCUGAGGACUUUCCGCCUCCUGCGGGUGCUGAAGCUGGUGCGUUUCAUGCCCGCACUGCGCCGCCAGCUCGUGGUGCUGAUGAAGACUAUGGACAAUGUGGCCACCUUCUGCAUGCUCCUUAUGCUCUUCAUCUUCAUCUUCAGCAUCCUGGGAAUGCACAUCUUUGGUUGCAAGUUCAGCCUCAGGACGGACACAGGAGAUACAGUUCCUGACCGGAAGAAUUUCGACUCCCUGCUGUGGGCCAUCGUCACCGUCUUCCAGAUCCUAACCCAAGAGGACUGGAAUGUUGUGCUCUAUAAUGGCAUGGCCUCCACCUCACCAUGGGCAUCCCUUUACUUUGUGGCUCUCAUGACAUUUGGCAAUUAUGUGCUCUUCAAUCUGCUGGUGGCCAUCCUUGUGGAGGGAUUCCAGGCUGAGGGUGAUGCCAACCGGUCAUACUCGGAGGAAGAUCAGAGUUCAUCAAACAUAGAGGAGUUGGAUCAGUUCCAAGAGGUCCAGGAAGGCUCAGAUCCCAAGCUGUGUGCAAUUCCUGUGACACCAAAUGGACACUUGGACCCGUCCUUGCCCUCCUCCAACCCACCAGUGGCUGCUGGGGGGGUCACCAACUCCUCGCGCAACUCCCUGCAGCCUGACCAGAUCCGUGUUGCUGUUGGCUCCCGGAAGAGCAGCGUGAUGUCCCUGGGGAGAAUGACCUAUGACCAGCGGUCCUUGUCCAGCUCUCGCAGUUCCCACUACGGGGCCUGGGGCCGCAGUGGGGCCUGGGGGAGCCGUCGCUCCAGCUGGAACAGCCUGGCCCGAGGACACAGCUUGAAGCACAAACCUCCCUCUGCCGAGCACGAGUCCCUCCUGUCUGGGGAGAGGCACAGGGCAGGAGAUGGGGAGCCAGAUGGGGCAGGGAGGAGGGUAUUUCAUCACCGCCGGACGCUCUCCCUGGACAACAAAGGCUCCUGUGACCUGCUGGAGUUGGCCUCUGUCCCAUCCAGCCACAGAGGGACCCGUAAGCUCGGGACAGUAUCAGGGGCCAGCGAGCAUCAGGACUGCAAUGGCAAAAUGCCCAGUAUUGCCAAGGAGAUCUUCCCAAAGAUGAACAACCGCAAGGAGCGGGGGGAGGAUGAUGAAGAGAUCGAUUAUAGCCUGUGCUUUCGCAUCCGGAAGAUGAUGGAAGUCUAUAAGCCAGACUGGUGUGAGCUCCGGGAAGACUGGUCCAUAUAUCUCUUUUCUCCUCAAAACAGGUUUCGUCUACUCUGCCAAACCAUCAUUGCUCACAAGCUCUUUGACUAUGUUGUGCUGGCCUUCAUCUUCCUGAACUGCAUCACCAUUGCCCUGGAGAGACCGCAGAUUGAACACAGAAGCACGGAGAGAAUCUUUCUUACUGUGUCCAACUACAUUUUCACAGCAAUUUUCGUAGCUGAGAUGACGCUGAAGGUGGUUUCUCUAGGCCUGUAUUUUGGCGAUCAGGCUUAUCUCCGCAGCAGCUGGAACAUCCUGGAUGGCUUCUUGGUCUUUGUGUCUCUCAUCGACAUUGUGGUCUCGGUGGCUUCUGCUGGUGGUGCCAAAAUCCUGGGGGUGCUGCGGGUCCUCCGGCUGCUGCGCACCUUACGGCCCCUCCGAGUUAUCAGCCGAGCCCCUGGCCUGAAGCUGGUGGUGGAGACACUCAUUUCUUCCCUCAAGCCCAUAGGAAACAUUGUCCUCAUCUGCUGUGCUUUCUUCAUCAUCUUCGGGAUCCUGGGUGUGCAGCUCUUCAAAGGCAAGUUCUACCACUGCCUGGGGGUCGACAUCAGGAACAUCACCAACCGAUCCGACUGCGUGGCUGCCAACUACAAGUGGGUGCACCACAAGUACAACUUUGAUAACCUGGGACAGGCCCUGAUGUCUCUCUUUGUUCUGGCUUCCAAGGAUGGCUGGGUCAAUAUUAUGUAUAAUGGACUAGAUGCUGUGGCUGUAGACCAGCAGCCGGUCACCAACAACAACCCGUGGAUGCUCCUCUACUUCAUCUCCUUCCUCCUCAUCGUCAGCUUCUUCGUGCUCAACAUGUUUGUGGGGGUGGUGGUGGAGAACUUCCACAAGUGCCGGCAGCACCAGGAGGCUGAGGAGGCACGCCGGCGGGAAGAGAAGCGCCUGCGGCGCCUGGAGAAGAAGAGAAGGAGUAAGGCACAGCCUAAGUGUUUGGUCGAAGCGCAGCGUUUGCCGUACUAUGCUACCUACUGCCCCAUACGCCUCCUUAUCCAUUCGGUCUGCACCAGCCACUAUCUGGACAUCUUCAUCACUUUCAUCAUCUGCCUCAACGUGGUCACCAUGUCCUUGGAGCACUACAACCAGCCUGUGUCCCUGGAGACAGCUCUUAAGUACUGCAACUACCUGUUCACUACUGUCUUUGUGUUGGAGGCAGUUCUCAAGCUGGUGGCAUUCGGUCUGCGGCGAUUCUUCAAAGACAGGUGGAACCAGCUAGAUCUAGCCAUUGUGUUGCUGUCUGUUAUGGGCAUCACACUGGAAGAGAUUGAAAUCAAUGCUGCUCUCCCAAUUAACCCCACUAUCAUCCGGAUCAUGAGGGUGCUGCGCAUUGCCCGGGUCCUGAAGCUACUGAAGAUGGCCACAGGAAUGCGAGCACUCCUGGACACAGUUGUUCAAGCCCUGCCACAGGUGGGGAACCUUGGACUGCUUUUCAUGCUCCUCUUUUUCAUCUACGCUGCUCUAGGAGUGGAGCUCUUUGGAAAACUAGUAUGCAAUGACGAGAACCCCUGUGAGGGCAUGAGCCGUCACGCCACCUUUGAGAACUUCGGGAUGGCCUUCCUCACGCUGUUCCAGGUGUCCACAGGUGACAAUUGGAACGGGAUCAUGAAGGAUACCUUACGUGACUGCAGCCAUGAUGACCGGAGCUGCCUCAGCAACCUGCAGUUCAUCUCCCCACUGUACUUUGUCAGCUUUGUGCUCACAGCCCAGUUUGUCCUCAUCAAUGUGGUGGUAGCCGUGCUCAUGAAACAUCUGGAUGACAGCAACAAGGAAGCCCAGGAGGAUGCGGAGAUGGAUGCUGAGAUUGAGCUGGAAUUUGCACAUGGGCUGUGCUCCCGCAAGUCAGGCUCUCCGAAUUCAGGGCAGGGAAAAGGAGCAGGAGCAGGAACAGGAGGCAGUGGUGGGAGAACAGAUCCUGAAGGACGUCUGUGCAUGAGAUGCUACUCUCCGGCACAGGAGAACUUAUGGCUGGACAGUGUCUCUUUAAUUAUUAAGGACUCCUUCGACGGGGAGUUAAUGAUCAUCGAUAACCUAUCGGGCUCCGUCUUCCAUCAUUACUCCUCGCCGGCCAUGUGCGAGAAGUGUAACCAUGACAAGCAAGAGGUCCAGCUGGCCGAAAUGGAAGCGUUAUCUCUCAACUCAGACAAGUCCUCUUCCAUCCUUCUAGGAGAUGAGUCAGAUAAUCGCAGCACUUCUCAGCUGAGUCCUAAGGAGACCAAGGAUGGCAAGGACAGCCCUGACUCCACUGGGGUAGGAGAUUUAGGGGAAUGCCUCCUCCCAAUAUCCAGCGCGGAUGGCUCUACAAACCCAGACAGUUACUUGUGCGAAAUGGAGAAAACUCCUUUCAACUCAGUCCAGUCUUGGCUAAAGCAUGAAGGUACCAAAGUCCCUCCCAGCCCCUUUUCUCCAGGUACAUCUUGCCCUCUGUUACCUGUACCAGCAGAAUUUUUCCACCCAGCCAUCUCUACCACCCAGACAGGGCCUGAGAAGGUCUCGUCUCCACGCAACCUUCCUAAGAUCUCUCUGCAAGGCUCAUGGGCAUCACUGAGGUCUCCGAGUGUGAACUGUUCACUUCUUCACCAGGCCCCUGAGAGUGACACCUCGCUGGACAGCCGGAGCAGCAGCUCGGCGGGCAGCCUGCAGACCACACUGGAGGACAGCCUCAACCUCAGCGACUCUCCCCAGUGCACCCUAGACCUCCCGGUGGGCCUGUGCCCCGUACCAGCCGCUGGCGACCAAAGACCCCUGGCGGCCCCCCUCUCCCCGGCCUCCCGUCGCCGCAGCUUGCGGGGCCGGGGGCUCUUCAGCCUGCGGAGCAUCCGCCGGCACCAGCGGAGCCACAGCAGCGGUGGAAGCACCAGCCCCGGCUGCACCCACCAUGACUCCAUGGACCCCUCGGACGAGGAGGGGGCAGGCAGCAGCCUGCGGGGGGGCGGCAACAACAGCGAGCCCUCGGAGACCCUCAGCAGCCUCUCGCUCACCUCCCUCUUCUCGCCCCCGCCGCCGGGGCUGACGCUAGGGAAGAAGUGCAGCAGCACCAGCAGCCUCCACGCCAGCCCCUUGCCCCGCCGCCCUGCUGCCCACCACGCCAAGCCCUUCUACACUGUCGACCCCCGGGGCUUCCUCUCCAUGCCCUCGUGGGUGACGGACUUCUGCAAGGACACCCCCUCGCCCGGGCAAGGAGAGGAACCGGACGGCCCUGGCAGAUUGGGGACAGGGGAGCGCGGCUCCCCGCUGCCGUCCGAGCUGGAGCUGGGUGACGGGGUCAGCAAGAGGAACAGAUGAGGGUCCCUGGGGUGCAAGGGGGGGAGCGUUCGGCCGCCAGCAUGGGGAGCGCGUUUCGCCAGCUGCUCCCCAGCAGCGAUUCCAAAGGAUUUGCGGGAAAAAGAACCAGGCAAACAAAAAAUUAUAAAUAUAUAUAUAUACAUAAAUAUAUAUAUAUAUAUAUAGAAUAAAUACUCUGGUACCGUACCUCAGAGGCGUGGGAGAGUGCAAGCAAUACGGGAACAGUCCUGCCCGAGGGCAAGACCUGGACCAUCACUGCAGAGACUACAGUGACUAGAAAAGGCCAUGGGGCUGGGAGGGAUGGGACCCUCCUGCCAGGUGACUGCUGCCUGGCAGCCAUUUAGUUAUAUACAUAUAUAGAGAGAGAUCGAUUUAUUUAUUUUUUUUACCGAGAGAUUACGAAUUUCAGAAAGUGCUAAGGAGGAAGGAGCAAAUGGGGGCUGAAGGAGGUGCUAUGCAGAAUUAAGGGGGGUGGGCAAGCAGGGUGGGGUGAAGGGAAGUGGGGUGAGCAGCAAGGGAAGAGCGUCCGGGGCUUGCCUCACCUGUUUCUGGGAACUUCCUUAUUGUUCAUGCUUCCAUUUCAAACAUUAAAAAUUGUGGGCCAGGUCUUCAGGUCUAGCGUAAAUUGGCCAAACAGUGAUUGUGCACUUCUGUUGGUGUAGUGCAGCUGAGCUCUGGCUUGAAGUGAAUUCACUGCUGAAAAUCGCGGGAAAAUCUAGCCCUGGUGGCGGGGAAAAUCAAACAGCUGUGGAGCACGGGAAAUGUUUUGAGGUGAAAAGCCUGGCUUUGAAGGGAAUGUGCAAGCACAGAGGGGGUGCUCAUGGGUGGAGGGGAUGGGGGCUCCGUGGUGUAUUUUUGUAGCUGUUUUGUUGGGUUUGUCCUUUGCAUUUUGUUCUAAAGAAAGAAAACUGCUAAGGGGAAAAAUGUGCAAGGUACACAAGGAAAUUUGGAGUGGGACAGGCAGGGGAGGAGAGGGAGGGAGAGGUAAAAAAAAAAAAAAAAGGGAGAGGGGAAACUGCACUUUUCCCCUUUCAUUUGCAGUAAUUGUGAUAUUUUCUUUUAGAAGCCCAAAGGUGCAAAAACCAUCUCUAGAGAAACCUAUCUGUUAUUUUUGUAUCUAUAGCUAUAUAUAUAUAUAUAUAUAUAUAUAAAAAGAUGACAAGAAUAGAAUUUUAAAAAGGACAAAUAAAAGCAAAGGGGGCUUCAACACAAAACGUAGUGGGCCCCCUGACUGGAUACCAACCCUGCACUACGUCCUGGCAGGAAGACCCUACAAGAGCAUCCUUGGCUUGGUGAUGGCUCUGCCUCUUCUCCAGUGUCACCUCCAUCCUCUGGUGUUUUUCCAAUUUCCAUCAGUGUAGCUGGGAUCAGGGGCCUGCUCUGUGUGCAUCCGUGGAUGUGGGGAGCAGGAACAUCAGUGUGUAUGUCUGUGUGUGUGUGCGUGCACAGAUGUGAGGGUGCUUGUGUGCGUUGUGUCCUGGCUGGCUCACCAGAUGGUGAGAAGGAGGGAGCUGCGUCCAGCUGUAUCACAGGAGACCAUCCAUGUGCUGCGGGGUGGUGGGAGAGGGCAGACCGAUUCCUCAAACCGAGCCUUGCCUCAGGACCCCAAUCCAGAGAUAUGAUCCUCUCCCACGUGGCUGCAGUGAGGCCUCCAGGGGCUGUGUCCCCCAUUCCUCUUCCAGCAAUGUGACCACACACGUCUCCUUCCUCGCUGGGGUCAGCCCACCUCUCCUCUGGUUUUGUGCCCUGGCCAGAUUUACAGGUGGAUAGGAAAGGGCAUCAGCCAGCCACCCAGGGGGCACUAAGACUUUGGGAUGUUUCCUCCUGACCCAGGCAAGACCCACCAAGGUAUUUCAGAGGAAGCAGAGAAGGGCAGCAGAGGGAGGACAGCAGCCCUACAGAGAUGGGGAAGCUGAUGCACUACUCAGAGAAAGAGCAGGGCUCACUGGUGGAUUCCCAU